AUGGCAACGCAGACAGAGCUGGCCCAGGAGACGGCCAAGGCCCGCGAGCUGUUCGGAAAGGCUCUCGCGGGAGACCUUCGUGGCUACGAUACUCGAUUCGACUCGGUUCUUGUGACCAAGUUCACCUUUUCCUAUGAUCCGCCUCCGUUUCUGGCCGACAAGCGACUGGAGGAGGCGUCGGCUGAGGCUGCCGGCGCAGGAGCAGUGCCUCCUGCUGCUGGUGGCGAUGGCCCGCGAGGCUCUCGCCAAUCUGCUGCCGCUGCUGCACGCUCAGCUGCCGCCGUUGCCUCGGCGCUUUCCAAGGUUGCAGACGUCGACGAGAUCUUCUCCUCCUCGCGCCGCCGCGAGCUGAAUGCUGUGCAGAUCAUGGCCUUUGCUCCGCCGACGGCGCGGACCGCGGCCAUGGUGACGACGGUGGUCGUCCGCCGCGACGCCUCGCUGCUCAUGCUCCGCGACCAUGAUGGCAACACCCUGUUGCAUCUGGCUGCAGAGGCUGACAACGGACCGGUGGUCGAGGCGCUCCUCGACGCCGAGCUGCCCAUCGAGCGGAUGCGUGAAAUGAUGGCCCGCAACGCCCGCGGACAGACCCCGCUCCACCUCGCUGUCGCCAAUGCCUCCAACGCUGUCAUCCGCAUCCUCCUUGCUGCCGUCACCGCGGAAAUGGAGGAUGUCAUGGCGCCCAUGCUCGGCGAGGCGAGCCGGGCAAGGCACCGCCCGGGCCCGUCUCGUCUCGAAGACGACGACGACCUCACUGCGUCUGCUGCUGCCGCCGCCGCCAAGCACGACAUCCUGCUACAGGGCGAUCCGGCCGAGGAUGCCCUCACCCUCACCUACGCCCAGUCGGGCUCCAUUGCCGCUGCGCUUCCACUCAACGCCAUGCUCUACCUCCGCGACAUGGACGGUGACACUGUUCUUCACUACGCCGUUUGUCGUGGCUCGGUCGCCCUUGUCCGCAUCCUCAUUGCCAAGAUCGCCGAGCUACCGCCGACCUUCCUGCCAGGCGCGUACAACUCGUGCAACCAUGCCGGCGCCAACGCUCUCAUUGCUGCCUGCAUCGCCGGUCGCGCCGCCAUCGCCCUAGAGCUCCUCAACGUCCGCGGUGUCGAUGCCACUGCCCGUGACGCCUUUCGCCGCUCCGCCCUCUUCUACUCGGCCGCUGGUGGCCUCUCCCGCGUCGUUGACGCCCUGCUCUCUUCCGAGCGCAUGCCGCGCGUCGAGGCCGGGGCCGCCGUCGAUACCCGCGACACUCGCGGCUUCACCCCGCUUCUUCUUGCCGUCCGCAACGGCCACAAGUCGGUCGUCAACUCGCUCCUCGCCGCAGGCGCAAACGUCAACACCCGUGAUGCGAACGGCCGCUCCGCCCUCCACUACGCAGCCUCGGAAAAGCUCGCCGCCCCGCUGGCCUCGGAUCUCAUGUCUGCCGGCGCAAGCCCCCAGCUUCGCGCCGGACCCGAGCUCUACACCCCGCUUAUGACUGCUAUCGUCGCCAACCAGGAGCGCUUUGUCCGCACCCUUCUCUCGUCCAAGGUCUUCAAGCCCGCUCUCCAUCUACUCGAUCGUGAUGCCGAAGGCAAUACUGCGCUUCACCUUGCACUCCUGCACAGGCGUCCUACCAUCGCCCUGCUUCUUGUCGAUGCCGCGCCGGCGACCAAGGCCAUCGAGAUGCCGCAGCGAAGCCCGGUUUCCUCCUCUGCCAUCUCGCCCAACAUGACUGUCCCGGCUAGCGGACCGGCUCUUGCCACUGCAAACUGCGCCGUCGCCUUUCACAAGGAGGCCCGUAAGAACCAGAACUCUGUCGCCGCCGCCGCCGCCGGUGACGUCACCUCGCGCCGUGGCGCUAUGUCGUCCUCCCGCAGCGUCUCUCGCCGCAUCGAGUCGCUCGAGGACGCGUUCGGCCGGCCCGCCGGCGAGGCAUACGCCCCAGCCGCUGUUGACAUGCACGACCUUCACGCCCGCGCCACCCCACUGCACCUCGCUGCCGCCGCAGGCUACAACGCCGUAGUCCGCGCCCUCCUUGCCAAGCACGCAUCACCCUUUGCCAUCGACGCCGAGUCGCAGACUCCACUCUAUGCCGCCACCCACCACGGCCAUGAUGACGUCGCCCUCACCAUCGCGAAGGACGCCGCCGCCAAGGCCUGUCCGCUCGGCUCGCUCGACCAGCUCGCCAAGGUCAUGGGCCUCCCGCACCUCGACACCGCCUCGGUCCUUGUCCUUCUCGCGGCUCACAUCGACGGCGCCCCGCACUCGACCCCGCUCCACCGUGCCACCGCCACAGGCUGUGUCCGCUUCCUUACUUUUUGGAUGGAGCGCACCCACCCGACCGUGCUCGCUACCGCCUGGUCGCGCCCUGACGCCGACGGCGAGCUCCCACUCUUCAAGCUUGUCUCGGCCUCACUUGCGGACGUUCCGACGUCAAAGGUAGUUAGCCUCUACUUUGAGCGCGUCCACGGCUUUACGCCAAAGUACGAUCCGUUCCCGGACACCUCCCUCGCCGCUGCCAUCGCUGCGCCGACCAGCGAGCCACGCCGCACCCGCCACAAGCCACGCCGUGGCGAGGCAGCCCCCGAGCCCGAGCCCACACCUGAUGCUGGCGACGCCGACUCGGACACCGGCGGCGAGCAGAAUCCGAGACUGGACCACGUCGAGCCGGUGGCGCUCACCAAGAACGACUUUCAAAAGUCGCGUUUCUCGUCACAGACCGUCAACUACUCGUUUGUGACCAACACCGUUGGCGACACACUCCUUACUUGCGCGGCUAAGACUGGCAAGCUCGGCUGCCUCUCGCUCCUCUACUCCCUCGGGCUCGACAUUCACGUCCGCGGCGCCGCCGCCCGGCCGCCGCUCCUUGCUGCUGCCCACAAUGGCCACGAGGCCGUCGCUUCUUUUCUGGCAGCCGUCAAGCCAAAGACGAAGAACCAUGCCCCGGCCGCGGAGCUCCACCGUAUCGACAUCACCGCCGCUGACGACCGCGGCCGCACCCUCCUGCACUACGCCGCAGACAAGGGCAUGGCGGGCCUCUACUCGGACAUUGCCGACACCUUUAUCGACAAGGGCCUCUUCGACGCGCCCGACAUCCAUGGCGCGCGCCCGCUCCAUCUCGCCAUUGCUGCCGGCCACUCGGAAAUUGCCAUCAACAUCAUCAUUUCCGGCUGCGCAGACAUCAACGCCCAGGACGGUCGCCGCUACACUCCGUUCCAUCACGCAGUCACGGUUGGCGACGACCUUGUCGCGCUCGCGCUUCUUUGCUCGCCGGCCUUUCUCGAGCCGCGCCAUCCGGUCCACUCGAUGGCUGCUGGCGCCCUCAUCGAGCUCCCGCCGCUGCACAUGGCGCUCGCCGCCGGCCAUGUUGACCUCAUCAGCCAGCUUUUCCCGUACUCGGCAGAUGUCCACCCUGACGUCCGGCGCGAGCGCGAGCCGCCCAUCAACGAGGACAACUCGCGCUCGACUGCCCAGUACACCACUGCUGCGAGCUCGCUCUUCCGCAUGAGCCUCGUCGAUGCCGAGGGCAACACCCUGCUCCACGCCGCCGCCAAGCACGGGCAUGCUGAGCUUGUCCGCGAUCUCAUCAUCGCUGCUCUCGACAUCGAAGGUCUUGUCCGUGCCCGCAACAACAACAUGCAUACCUUUUUCCACGUUGCCCUCGCUGCAGCGGCCACAGACGUCGUAGGCGUCGUUGUCGACCUCGCCCACUCCAACGACGAGGUCGGCUCGGAGCUCCGCAAGGUUCUCCUCCGCUCGGUCAUGAGCGACAACUGGAACCCGACCCAGGAGACUCCGAUGCACCUCGCCCUCGGCGCGCCGCCCGACUCUGUUCCCGAGCUUGUCGACGCCCUCUUUCGCCUCUGUGACCUGUAUGUUCCCAAGGCCGCGGCCGCGGCCGCGGCCUCGGACAAUGGCUCCGCCGCGCCGGACGCCCGCCCGCCGUUUGCAGAGACCAAGCUCGGCGUCUCCAUCCUCGGUUCGCGCGCCGGCAUGGCCGACUACCCGACCAACUAUCUUGAGCUACACUUUCUCAUCCGCGAGGAGUUUGGCAGCGACUCGUCGUCGGUCUUGCCCGUCGCCUCGCCGGAGACCAUUGCCGAUCUCGUCUCCAAUCAUGGGUAUACCCAUGCUGCCGGAUGCUGUGCCGCCUCGGUCAUUCCGCCGUCGCUCUCGGCAAAGUACGGCAAGUACAUCUACGCUAUUGACAUGCCCGACACGCUUCCGCUUGUCCUCUACCGCUCGCGUCGCGGCGAUUCGGCUUUCUUCUGCUCAGCCCAGCGUGGCGCCGCGCUCUACGCCCGUGGCCUUGGCUUUGAGAGCGUCUCUGUUCAAGGUUACGUCCCACAGACCAUGCACCCGGACACCGUCUCGCUCCUCAACGCUUUUCUCCCGUCGGCACUCGCCUUUUCGCGCCAGGUCCUCUCGCCGGGCUCCUCGCUUGCCGCACACCUGCGGCUCCACGGCUCGGCUGCUACCAAGCUCCUCGGGGCGGACUUUGACGCUCGCUACGCAGAAGCCGCAGCCACGGACCUGCGCGUCGCUGCCUCGAGCGCCAACAUCUCGUCAACCAUCGCGCUCCAGGUCUCGGCCGGAGGCGACGAGCCAAGUUCGCCAAGCCGGGCUACCGCCCCAGACGCCAGCGGUGCCGCCCCCACCAACUCGCCCCCGCGAGGCAGCGGCCAGGAAAAGGUCCACACCUCGAGCACCUCCCACUGGCCGCCUGUCCCAGCACCGGUCCGGACACUGGUCGAGGGCCAGGUCCUACUCCUCCCGCGCUCGCGCGCUCCCACCACCAUCCGUCACGGUCAGACAACCCUUCUCCACGAGGCCAUUCUUCGCGGGAAAGAGGAGCUUGCCAUCCGGCUGGUCACCAUCGGCUCGCCCAUUAACGCGUCCACCGCGUCGGGCACCACCGGACCGCUCACACACGGAAAGUCGCCAACCGAGUCGACGACGCCGCUCAUGGAGGCCGUCUCGCGCAACAUGGUCAACCUCGUAGCCACCUUGCUCCAGCGCGACGAUGUUCAGCUCGACACCCUCAACAUUGACUCGCAGACCGUUCUCCACGUAGCGGUAGCCUCGGGAUUCUCCGAAGUCGCCAAGCUCAUCAUCGACAAGGCUUUUGCCAUGUGGAGCGCCUCUUCGCACGCACUCGAGCUCUUUGUCAACGCCCAAGACGCGUUCUCCAACACCGUCCUCCACUACGCAGCCCGGUCCGGCAUGGGCGAGGUGUUGGGCAUUCUCCGCCAGCGCGCCGACGCCCACCAGGUCGAGCUCGACGUCAACGCCCGCAACGCUGAGCUCCGCACUCCGCUCAUUGUCGCCGCUGCCUUCCGCCGCCCGUUCAUCGCCACCGAGCUCCUCAGAUGGGAGGGGACCAAGACCGAGCUCCUCGACUCCAAAGGCCGGUCCGUCCUCCACUACGCCUGCAAGCGGAAGCUGACUCAGCUCUCGCUCCUGCUCAUCAAAGCGCUCGAGGCACAGAUGGAGACCGCUGGCGGCCUACAGGCCUCGCUCUUUGCCUCGCAGCCGGCUUUUGUGGCCAAUGUGAGUAUCAAGGCGACGGCCACGACCUCGUCGCGUGACAUGACCGCCCUCGCCCGUCGUCGCCAGGGCGGCGGUAACUCGUCCGGCGGCGCUUCAGUCUCCGCCAACGUCAUGCGCGCGCGGACCGCGCUUGCCGAGUUCCUCGACUCGCUCGACGCCCAGGGCCUCUCGCCGUUUCUCUACGCCGCCCGCGCCGGCGACACAACCGUUGUCACCGCGCUCGCCCGCGCCGGCGUUGAAGUCUACGCACUGGCGGCCGACGGCUCGUCGGCACUUCACCUUGCUGCCCGCGGCGGCCAUGUCUCACUCCUCCACUGGAUGAUCGACGCCCUCACCAUGCCGUCACUGAGGCGGACCAUUCCGUCGCUGGCGGAUAAGGGUGCGUUCUUUAUCAACGCCUUUAUCAAUGGCGCAGACAUGACUCAGGCGACCCUCAUUCACCUCGCCGUCGCUCAUUCGCUCGACUCAGUUGUCCGUGCCCUCAUUCGCCUCGACUCGUCGACUCGACAGCUGAGCCUCGCUCUGGCCCGCGACGAGGCCAUUCCGUUCUCUCCUGACAUGCGUAACGUUGCCCGCAUCCCGCGCGACGCCCAGAGCACGGCCUCGCGCACCACCGGCGCCGUCUCCGAGCCGAAGCGGCGACGCCUUGAUGCCAUGGUCGGGCGCAAGGGCAAGUCCGGCUCGACUGCGGCCUUGACCGGAAGCGCCGCUGCCGACGGUGCCACCAAGGAGCGCUCAGAAGAGAUGCUCUCUGAGACCGAUCUCAUUUUCGUCGACCUCUUUGGCCGUGACUCGAUGCAGCGGACGCCGCUCAUUGUCGCCUGCGAGGCUGGAAACGAGAUCAUUGCCCUCACCCUCCUCGACCAUAUCGACGCCUUUAAGAUCUCCGACGAGGGCAUGGCUGCCCACUCGGGCCGCUCGUCUACCUCGCCGUCCAAGCGCAAGCGCGAGUCGUGGCGAAUUAUGGCCCGCGACGCCCACUCGCGCACCCCGAUGCACUUUGCCUGCAUGCAUGCCAUGACUAAGGUCGCCAUGCGGUUGUACGACAUCUACGGCUCGAUGUGCCUCCACUUUUUGGAUGACAAACGCCAGUCGCCGCUGCAUUAUGCUGUCUCUGCCGGCCAGCUUGGCCUGCUCCGGGCGCUCCUCAAGGCGCUCGCAGACACCGCGUCGGACGCCUCGAGCACUUUGACCGGAACGUCACGGCUGGCAAAGGCCGCUGGCAGCAGCGCGCCAAACUCGUCGCUCUCGGCCUCGGUCUCGGUCUCACGGGCCAAGGACUACUCGCUCAACACCAUUGCCGAGCUUGUCCACGCCGCGCUUCUCUCGUCGUACCUCGACGUGGCUGCCUUUCUGGUCACAGACCUGGUCGCCCAGGCCACUGUCACCAACCAGAUCCAGUCGGAAGUCCUUCUUGCGCUUGUCGAGACAACUAUCAAAUCGCCGCGCUCGCUCGACGUCGGACUCGGCAUGCUCGAGAUUUCCGGCCUCACCACCAUGUCGACCGACUCGAUCGGCGUCACCGCGCCGAUUCUUCACCGCGCCGCGGCCGCUGGCCACUAUUCGUUUGUCCGCGGCCUCAUCUCCAACAUUCAAGUCUCCAACUCGCGCUCCCAUCUCGCGUGGUACGUCCUCAUGCGGCUCUUUACCAUGCCCGACGCCUCGUCGCGGAAUCCCAUCCAGGUUGCCGUCGCCCGCGGCGACGUCUCGCUCGCCGCACUACUUGUUGCCUUUCUCCCGCAGCCAUCGAUGGAAAUCGGCCUGCGGUUUUGCGAGAACGAGAUCGGCGUCGGUCUACUCGACCAAGUCGAGAAGGCCAACAUGCCGCACGUCCUCGGCCUCCUCCUCGCUACUCGCUUUGAGGUUGUUAUCGACUCGGAAACACAGUCGGGCAUCACCCCACUCAUCGAGUCGAUCUCAUCCGGUCGUGACGUCAACUCGCUCCUCCUUCUCGCCGCCGACGCCCAGACCUUUAUCGAGCGGCUCAACGCGUCGACUGCACUCGCGGCCUCGCUCGAGGGCCAGGGCGACUCGCCCGUCCUCCCGUUCCUCCUUGCCCACGCCUGCGACGGCAUCGGGCUCGCCGCCUACGAAGAGGGCGACAUCGAGCUUGUUGAUGCAGUCGCGGUCUACCUCUUCAACUUUGCCAAGGAAGCCCUCGGCCAGACCCGCUCGCUCACCAUUCUCGCCGCUCUUCUCUUCAAGCUCACUCGCCACAACGAGCCACUCAUCAAGCACGCUGGCCACUACUUGCCCGCCAAAGAGAGUUCGCGGCGCCGCGGCGGCACCGCUGCCAGCGCAGACGCUGGUGUUUCUGCAGAGCACGUCCUCUCGCGCUCCAACGUCCUCGCCAAUGCGCUCGCCAACGUCUCGGCGCGAGUGACUGGCAACGGUGUGCCGCAGCUGGGCCUUGCACUCGGCGCCUCGACAUCGGCCAACGCCACCUCGGAGCCGCUCUCUGCCACGGGCUCAGUCCCCAAGUCGAUGCUUCAUGAGCUCUACGACGCUGCCAUCGAGAACCGCCGACUUGACGUCAUGCCGCUCCUCCACGUUGCCGUCGGCCUUCCCACGCGCGACCAGUACAUGCGCAUGCUCGAAAUGAUGGUCGGGGUUAACGAGUCGGCCGUCGACAUCGCCUACCUGGGACACACCCUGUCCGAGGCCACCGCGCUGAGCCUCUUCAACGACCUCUACGCCGAGGAGAAACAGCGGAACGAGGCCAGCAUUCGCAAGACCGCAGCCGCAGCCGCUACCCCCGACGGCGAGCAAACCGAGGACGAGGUCGUCGACGCCGGCGCAGACCAUCUUGUCCUCCGCUCGUGGGUUGUGCCGUCGACUCGCCAUAGCGUCCUUCAUCUUGCUGCCAAGCUCGCCAUGCCCGGCCUCUUUGAGACCGUGUUCGUGGCAAUGGUGGCCGAAGAGGAGGAGGCCCUCCGCGCCCGCCAAGCGCAGGGCACUCUCGACAACGACGGGGACGACGGCUUUGACGACGAGUUUGACUUUGAGCAGCGCGCCGGAUACGACGGCGAGCCAGACUCACCGCGCUCGCUCGCUGACCGCGCCCACAUCGCCGUCCUCGGCCUCCUCGACGAGUCGGCGUACUCGGUCGUUCACUACGUCGUCGACAAGGCUGUACCGUACUUUACCCAGUGGUUCUUUGACACCUUUGCCCCUCCCGUCGUCGGCGGCAAUGCCCGAAACGGUCUCGUCCCCUGGCUGCAGACCUCGCACAAGACCGAGUCGGUGGUCAACAUGCUUGCAGCACAUGGCCAUUUUGCGCUUCUCGAGAACCUCUUUGCCGCCUGCCCGUCGGAUGCGUUUAAGCGCAAGCUCGUCACCACAAAGUCGUCGCUCACGGCAAGCACAGUCCUCCACACCGCCAUCGCGUCAGGCUCGGUAGCCACAGCCCACGUGGUCCUCGACCAGCUCCUUGCUCGCCUCACCGACCGCAAGGAACGGUGCGCGGCGCUCUUCACGGCUCGCAACACUGAGCGAUGCGUUCCGCUGCAGCUUGCCGCAGCGCAGGGCAUGGGAACCGUGGUCCAGGCCAUCCUCGCCCGCGACGAGAAGCGGUCGGGUAUCUCGGUCGCUGAGCCGCUCCGUGUCGCCCUUGAGUCUGGCUUUGUCUCGAUCGCCAUUCAGCUUGUCCAGGGCGGCGUCGACGCCAUUGCUCGCCACAAGGCCCAGAACGCCGGCUCCAUUUUUGUCGCCGGCUCGACCAACCCGCUCAGCCUGGUGUGUGCACGUGGCUUUGAGCCCGUCCUCAACAAGUUCAAGUCUGGCCACGGCAUUGUGCGGACUCUGCUCAAGAUCGACAUGCCACUCAUGGGCGCGCUGGUCAACGGCAAGCUCGCCCUCGUCAAGCAACUCUGGACCAAGGGCGUCGAGCGGCCCGAGGGCUACUUUCUGCGUGCGCUCUCCCGCUCCUACACCGCGCUUGUCAUGUUCAUGCUCGGUGCCGAUGACACGCUCACGAGGUUUAAGGCCCUCUCACGGCAUUUGCCACCGUUGGACAUCAAUGCAAAGUCGAGCACCAAUCGCUUCCAGCAGACAGCGCUUCACCUUGCGGUUGCCAACUCGCUCGAGGAUGUCAUCGUGCCGCUCCUCCGCCGCAAGCCCGAGUUUGUCGGGGAUUUGUUUGGCUUCAACCCGCUGCACUAUGCCGUGCUCAAGAAGGACACCCGAUACGCGCAACUGCUUCUCUCGCCACUCGCCCGUGCCUCGAUGGUAGUUUCUGGCUCAGCCGAGGCUCAGGGGAAGCUCUCGUACCUGCACCUGGCCGCACGCAACUCAGUCUUUAUGCUCAAGCUCAUUCUUCGGGUCUCGGAGCUCUCGCGGCUAGUCGCCAACGCCGACGCCAAGGCCGGUGGCGUCAAGACUGGUCGCGCUGCUCGUCGCUCCCGCGGCGGGCGCGGCCGCGGUACUGGCCCAACCUCGCACCUCCCGCCGACACUGCCGUCCAUCGAGGUCGCAGUCGGUGGGCCCAUUCCGGCCAUGCACGACGUCCGGGUCAACAUCCAGUUUGCCGAGAACCUGCAAAACUCUGAGAUGGCCAAGACCGGCGACUGGUCGCUUGCCCAUCUCACAGGCUCGCUGGUCGGCUUUGAUGCCUCGCGCACUAUCGCAGGCCGGAGCCCGUCGACUCGAGCUUCAGUCCGCGCGUCCAUGGCCGACCCGGCGUCGGGUGCGUCGCGCACCCCAGAGUUUGUCUUUGUCGACCUUAACGCCAACAUCGAUGUCUCGGACCUGCAGCCGUUCACCGUCCAGGUCAAUGCGCGCAUGACCACAGACGAGACGCCGCUACUCAUUGCUCUUGUCUCGUUCCGCGGCUCGGCUGCAAAGACGGAGCUCGACAAGUUUCUCGAGCUGGGCACGCCCGCUUCGCGCGCCGCCACCAUCGCCGAGGGCUUCCGCCUCCUCCAGAGCAAGCACAGCGCAGCUGACGAGUCUGCCUCCGCCGGGCACGUUGUCGCCGGUAGCGCCUCGGGUGUUUACCCGGCCGAUGACGGCGACGCCCUUGAACACCCGUUUGUGGCGCGGUUUUCGGCCCGCGACGGACGCUCGUCGUACGGCUCGCUCCUCCCGCGGGUCGACGUCGCUCUGGAGCUUCUUCGCCGCCCGCCGGCGCCGCUUGAAGUCCGCGUUGCCUCGGGCAAGCGCUACUCGCCGCUCUCAGUCGCCAUCGAGAUCGGCCACCCUGAGCUUGUCAAGCUCCUGCUCCCUUUUGCCUCUGAAUCAGCCUUCCAGUCGGGAUCGUGCGAACCGACCCAUCUCACCAGGCACGCCCUCACCGCCGCCGGCUCUAUCCAGUCGAUGUCGCAGCCAAAGUCAAGCUCGCAAGGCCCGGCGGUCACGGCAAACGCUGCCGUGCCCGCGUCCACUAGCCGCAACUCGCGGCUCACGCCGCUCCACCUCGCUAUCCAGGCUGCCAACUUUGACGUCGCCUCUGCGCUGCUCAACCAUGCUGCCGUCGACUGGGCGGCCGACGUCAUGGUUGCCAAGUCGCUCUUGCUCGAGGCGCUUCCGUUCCCCUACAUUCUUGGGAAGCUCAUCCGGCACGGACUCUCGGUCAUGGAGGGCCAGCCUCUCAUUCGCGCCUGUCGCCGCGGGUACAUGCAUGCAGCUCUCAUGCUUCUUGGACUUGGAUGCGACCCGAUGGCGGUAGCCCGCUCCGACAAGAGCGGGCUCAAGUCGACGCCGCUCCACUAUGCUGCGCUUCACGGCAUGACCGCUGUCGUUGUUGCCAUGCUCCUCAUUCCAGGCGUCGAGAUGGUCAAGGACUCAAAGGAGCAGACACCGUUCCUUGUUGCGUGCAAAGCCAACAAGUCGUCGACUGCGCUGUGGGUGGUGCGGACAGUCGAGGCCGUUCCCACGCUCGAGAUCAACCUCUCGGACUCGAACGUCGACUCUGAGGCCGCCAUCCACUUUGCUGCCCGGUCGGGCCUGGUCUCGCUCACCAAGUAUCUGCUCGCCCACGGUGUGGGUGUCGACCAGCCCGGCGCACAACGGCAGACGCCGCUCAUUGCUGCCUGUGCCUCGCGCCAUGCCGAGCUAGCCAUGCACCUCCUCCGCGCCAACGCCGAUGUCAACGCCAACGACCGUGAGGAGCAGACCGCGCUUCACUACGCUGCCCGCAAGGGCCUCAUGGACGUUGUGCGUGCGCUCGUUGGUCGCGGCGGCGGCUCGAUGCGGGCCGACAAGAACCUAGACCUGCCUAUUCACAUGGCGUGUAAGUACGCCAUGCUCGAUGCCGGCGACGACGCCAUUGCGCUCUUCCUCAUUGAGCACUUUGUGGCGAACCACCGGUCCAAGACUGAGUACGUCUCACUCAUGAUCAACUCGCAAGGUCUUGGCGGAUGGACGCCGCUCCACUAUGCUGCCGCCGGUGGCUUGCCCAAGCUCACCGCGCUUCUACUCCGUUGGAACGCCGACGCGUCGCUCAAGGCUACGCCGCUGGCUACCCACACACCGGCGCUCCUCGCCGAGGAGAGCGACGAGCCGCGAACGCCUAUCUACUAUGCCAUGAAGAUGGGUCACGCCGCGAUUGCCAUGUCGCUCCUCGAUCGCCCUGAGGCCGACGUCGAGCUCGACGCGCUCUUGCACGUGGCGCUCGACCAGCUCGCUGGUGUCGGUGUCGCCUAUGCCGAGUCGUUCCGUCACAUUGCCCACAAGCUCAUCGAGGACGGCCAUGGCGUGGCGGUGCCGAACGCCCGCGGCGAGACGCCGCUCAUGCGCGCCUGUGCCAUCGGUGAGCCUGAGCUUGCGCUCAAGCUCAUUGCUGCCAACGUAGAGGUCAAUCACACUUCGACCGCCACCAAGGCUACCGCCCUGCACUUUGCUGUCGACAAGGGCCUCACCUCGGUCGUCACCGCGCUUGUCCGUGAGGGCGCUGUUCCGGAAAACGCACUCACCGUCGACUACGAGAACCCGCUGCACCUGGCAUGCAAGGUCGACGACCUCCGCCUCGCGCGGACCAAGCUGGAGAUCGCGCACUCGCUACUCUCGGGCAAGGGCGUCAAGAGCAAGUCGCGCAACUCGACGGCGGCACUGGCCUCGGCGUCCAAGUCGGCCAAGGGCUCCGGUCCGUCCGACGCUGUCGCCGCCCUCGCUGCGCAGGAGACCAAGGUCACUCACCAGCGCCCGCUACAUGUCCUCUGCAUGACGGCCACUACUGCCGAGCACUCUGCGCUGGACAAGCUGCUCUCCAAGGUUGCGAUGGAUCUCAUCAACGCCCACAAGGACGCGCUUGGCGUCUCGGAUGCCGCUUCGCCGCCGGGCACGCCGCUGCUUCAUGCCUACCGCAUGGGCAACACCACGCUUGUCAAGCUACUCAUCCAGGCCUCGACCGGUGAGAAAAUGCGUGAGGGUGCCAGCGAGACCUACGUCUCAGUCCUCGACAAGGCGACCGCCAGUGGCGAGCCCAUUCUCCAUUGCGCCAUACGCAACGGCGACGUCGCCGUCAUCCGCGAGCUGCUUGCCGCCAAGGCCUCGCCCGUAGUCGAGAACAAGAUGACUGGCAACAAGCCGCUCCACCUCGUCUGCUCGUGCAUUGAGAGCUCGCGGUCGGGCAAGAGCCUCCUUGCCGGGGCCAAGCCCAUCACUGACGCCCAGGCCUCGCUCAUCGCCAUGCUUCUCCUUGCCGAGAUGGAGUCAUCAGACAAGCUCACUAUUGAGAACCUGACCGCCACCGAUCGAGAGGGUAUGACCCCGCUCCACCACGCGUGCCGCAACCCGUCGCGCGCCUCGGUCGCUUCGGCGCUCAUCGACCGCAUUGUCGAAGUCGAUCCCGAGUUCUCGCUCGACGAGUGCGUCGAUGACUCGGGCCGUACCCCGCUGCACUACGCGUGCAUGAACGGCGCACCCGAGUCGCUUGUCACCAAGCUCAUUGCGCUCGGCGCAAACCCGGCGUGUACAACCCGCGACAAUGACAACGCACUGCACCUCGCCAUCCGCCACUCGCACAACCUCACACAGUCGCUGGUAGCCAAGGCCGCGUCCAUGCGCAAGGAGGAGGUUGUUGCCAUCCUUGGCGAGCUCAUCCAUCUCAAGGAGGACUCUAGCCGGCCGAGGGAGGUCCGCAACGCGGCCAACAAGCUCCACCGCUCGCUUGAAAACGCCAAGUCGUCGCGUCGCCGUCGCUGGGCUGUCCUCUCGGCCUUUCAUUUUGCCGUCGCCGAGGAAGCCGCCACCAUGGCUGGCGACGAUGAGGACAACGGCCGGUCGGCUCACGAACCCAAGCUGCCCAACGCCGCAGACCUGCCGCCGUCCUUCCAGUCAGACCUUCGCGCGUGGCGCAGGCUGGUCAAGCUUGCCGGCCUCCGUUCCGACUUUGAGGACGUGCUUGAUGCCGUGAACAGCAACAACGAGACGCCGCUGCUGCUUGCGUGCAAGCACGGCGAUGCCGCCGCCGCCGUCGACCUCAUUGACCAAGCUGCUGACGUUGAGCACGUGGACAACAACAAGGCAACCAUCGUCCACUACGUGUUCGAAAAGGGCCUCGAUGAGGUCUUUGACAAGCUUGUUAAUCACCCGACCGCAUCGCGCCGGCUCUCGGCCAAGCUCGGUGCUCCAGUCAACAUCAACGUUGUCGACGCCUCGGGCAACACACCCAUGCACUACCUCCUCCGCUCGCCGGACACCGCCUCGCGCAUGUUCGACCGAGUGUGGGACUUUUCCGAGGCUGGCACCGGUAACUACAUCGACACCUCGGCCACCAACGCUGACAAGGAGAACUUGCUCCACCUCGCCGUCAAGUCGCGCCUGCCAUGGAAGACCAUUUCCCGCAUCUGGACCCAGGCCUCCAAGUGGGGUGGCGCUCACGCUGAGAUCAUCGACGGCAAGACGUACCCGGACGGCAAGACCCCGCUCGCCCUUGCCAUCGAGCUGGGCGAGUCACAACUUGCCAUCCAGCUUAUCCGCGCCGGUGCUUCGAUCGCCGAGACCGAUUGCAACGACAACACCAUGCUCCAUCUCGCCGUCCGCGCAGGCCUGGCCGACGUCGCCAUGAUCUUGCUCGGCUCGCCUGAGCUCGAAAGCUUCCCAGGGACAGUUGAGGAGGUUCGCGGCUCGAGCUCGGACAAGGCCAAGGUGGCAGGAGCAGGUAAGGCCGCGGCGGCGUCCGGCAAUGGUGCUGCAGGUGCUCAGGGCAGCCUCCGCCGCAGCGGAACUCGGGUGGCCUUUUCCGGUGCGGCCGCCAGCUCUGGAGUUACCGGGCGGUCUGCCGCAGGGCGCUCUGAUGCCGCAGGCUACUCGCUCUCCAACUACGACGUGGCCGAGGAGAUCGCCGUCUCGAUCAUUGUUGACGUCCUUGAUGCCGUCUUUGUCACGCUGGCCGCCUCCGGGAAACUCGACGCUGAUGGUCAUUCAUCGUCAGACGACGAGAGCUCGGACGCCGGUGUUGGCCACGACUCUGGCUCGGACGCCGGUGGCAUGUCCGACUCGCUCUCGGACGUCGACGACGGUGAGAUCCAUCUGCAGGGCGAGCUCGACCCGCUUAAGGUCAACAGCUCGGACGGGGCAACCGCAGUCCACUACGCCGCCGAGCGCGGGAUGACCAAUGUGGUCAAGGCGCUCAUCUCGCACGGCGUGCCGUUUGACGUCCCCAACUCGGCCUGGGCGCUUCCGAUCCAUCUCGCCAUGAUCAACGGCCACCCGAGCCUCGCCAAGCUCCUCUUCUGUCAGCACCUAGCCAAGGAGUCGGUCGAGGUGCUCAACGAAAGGUGCCGGCUUGACAACGCGCUUGGACGCAACGUCCUGCACAUGGCCAUUGCAUCGAACGACUACCAAGCCGACUUUGUCAACCAUAUCAUCAACGAGCUGACUUCGGUGGCGCUCUCGGCCAUGGACCGUGACUUGAACACCCCGCUGCAUCUCGCGCUCAAGCGGGCCUCUUUUGCCGACGUUGUCAAGCACCUCGUCGAGAAGAACUGCAACGUCAACGCCCAGAACUCGGCAGGCGAGACGCCGCUGCACCUGGCAGUCCAGGACAAGGAUACCCAAGCGGUCACGCUCCUCCUCAAAUCGCCGAACAUCAAGCUCAACGAGGUCAACAACGUCGGCGACGCCGUAAUCCACGUUGCACUCGCCAACUCGGACCAGGACACCGUGCGUGUUCUUCUGGAGAAGGACGAUCUCCAGCUGACGCUAGUCAACUCGCAGCGGCUCUCGGUCCUGCACCUUGCAGCCGAGAACGACCUCAUGCCGCUCAUCCCGCUGCUUGCCACCCGCGGCCCUCAGUUUAACGCCCUCAACGCGGACGGUCUCACCAUCCUGCACGUCAUCCUGCACACCGUGCCCGAGCCGGACCUCCGCCGCGAGCUUGUCCAGUCACUGGUCUCCUCGCAGGGCUGUGACACCAACGUGCCUGCGGCAUCAAACGGCAACACCAUGCUACACGACGCUGCCGCGCUUGGCGACAACCAGAUUGUCAACCUUCUCGUCCUGUACAAAGCCGACGUCAAUGCCGUCAACUUUGCCGGCCAGACUCCACUUCAUCUGGCGGUCCUUGCCGGCGAGAUGGCUGUGGUCAAGACGCUCCGCGAGUCUGGCGCCGACGUCAACGCCCAAGACGGCCGCGGCAACUCGGUGCUGCACCUCGCGGUGCUCGGCGGCCAUGCGGCACUUGUCCGCUCUCUGCUCCAGCCUGCGCCCAUUGCUGCAGACGUGUGUGUCCAGGACGGCGCGGGUCGGCUGCCGUCGCAGUGCUGCGCCGAUCCGCAGCUGCGCCAGUUCCUCCUCGGCGCCAUGUCACACCGUCCCCAGCUGCCGUACCACCUCGAAGCCCCUGUUGUGUACUCGGUGCCGAAGCGGUCGAACAAGAACUCGGCCGGAGGCACCACCUCGACUGAAUCCGGCAAGGAGUCGGGCAAAGGUAGCGCGAGCGGCGGCAAGACCGGCAGCCGCGACCGCACGGCGCCCGACGACGACGGCGCCGAUGGUGGUGGCGAUGGUGGCGGUGGCGGUGGCGCGGCAGAGACCGUGCAAUACCUGCAGGUGGCCCGCAACACGCCGGCCUUCGAGGUGGAGAACCACAUUGCCGUCGAGCAGUUUUUCAUUCACCGCGACGUGGUCCAGGUCGACCUCGCCCGGACCUACGGGGCGGCGGUGACGUCAGACGGUCGGCUCUUUGUCUGGGGCAACGUCUUUCAGUUCCGCGGCAAGAUCAUGGCACAAUCGGUCGAGAUGCUCAAGUACCGGACGCCGCAGGAAGUGACCUUUUUCACCGUUGCCGGCAUCCAGGUCACCCGUGUCGCAGUCUCCGACUCGUUCCUCCUCGCGCUCAGCUCAGAAGGCGCGGUCUUCUCGUGGGGCCUCGUUUCGGCACACGACCCACCGUUCCUGGGGCGCACGACCGGUGACGGCCUCUCGCUCGCCGGCAUGGAGACGCUCGGACAUCCAGGGCGGAUCGACACUCUCGAGGGCAUGGCCAUUGUCGACAUUGCCGCCGGCGAGGGCCACGCCGCGUUUGUCACCCGCAACGGGCGGCUCUUCACUUGCGGCUCCAACGCGUUUGGAGAGCUUGGCCUCGGCGCCAAGGCCAACGCGCCCGUACCGGAGCUGGUCAACUCGCUCGCCCGCGCCAAGGAGCAUGUGGUUCAGGUGGUGUGUGGGCCAAAGCACACCGUGGUCCGGACGCUUGCCGGCGCCGUGUACACUGCCGGUGGCGGCGACACGGCGCGGCUCGGACACGUCCAAAGCAGGCCGGCCGCGCUCGGCGACCGGACCGACGCCCAGCACUUCCGCAAGAUCGACGACCUUGACGGCCAGAUUGUCGUCGUUGACAUCGCCACGUCGGUGAGUCACACAGCGGUGGUCUCGGCCGCCGGCCACCUCUUCACCGUUGGCAAGAACGACUACGGCAAGCUCGGCCUUGGCGACCGCGACAUUGACCACGACCGCUUCGAGCGAGUUCAUUUUGACUCACCGGACGUCCGCAUUGCGGCCGUCGCCCUUGGCGCCUAUCACUCGGCAGCGCUGGACACCGAGGGUCGGCUCUACACCUGGGGCGACAAGAACUCGGGCAAGCUCGGGCUGGUCAUCAGCCAGGGCGAGCCGAUCACCACCCCGCAGCUAGUUGGCGCGCUCGUUGCCGAGCACAUUGUCGGUGUCGCGCUAGGCAUCGAGCACUCGGCCGCUGUCUCUGCUACCGGUCGAGUCUAUGUCUGGGGCUCUAACAUGGAUGCCCGCCUCGGUGUUCCAGUCGGUAUUGUGAAGGGCGCCAGCUCGUUCGGCGCGCUAGCGGCGAGCGGAGGCUCCAUGACCUCGGUCCGCGUGUCGCCGACCGGUGGCGUUGCUGACGAUGAGCCGUCGGGUGACGGCGGCGGCACUAGCGGCGCGUCAGGACUCUCGUCAGUCGACAUUGUGCUACCAAUGAUGGUUGAGGGCCUCCACCGUGGCGAGCCGCGCAAGAUUGCGGUUGGCCCGACGUCAAAGAUGGACGGCUUGGCAACUAUUGCAGCGCGGGCGGUUAUUACUGAGGACGGCUCGCUGUACGUGUGGGGUCACCCCAAGCUUGUGCCGCAGAUUCCUGGUCAGCGGUCCACCGCCAGGCCGGACGAUGAGGAAUGGCACCGGGCUGCGCUCGCCGCCGUCUUUGAAGCCUCUCAUCAUGAGGGAUAUGUCCUCGCUGCGCUUGUCGAGGGCACUGCUCACAUGGUCCCGUGCAAGGUCCGCAUUCCGCUUUUUGGCGGCUUCCAUACCGUCGCUGACGUGGCGUGGUCAACUGCCGAUGGCGCCAACGCGGCGCUGGCCAUCGUCACAACCUCGGGCGAGGUCUUCUACUGGGGCUGCCACAGCCACAUCAGCACCAACGACUACACGGUGCAGCCGGCGCGAGUCUUGCUCUACGAGACGCUGACCGGCUCGAUGCCGCAGACCUCGUAUGACGCACUGGAGGCUGCGGGCGCGGGAGCGUCGAGCGGCAACGCCGCUAGCUCGGGCGGACGACGAAAAGGCGGACGGGCUGGUGCACGCGCCGGCAACUUGGCCGCCUCGGAUGCCUCGUCUGGCUUUGCCGCUACCGCUACGCUGGAGCGCGAAGUCCCGUUCCGGCUGGUGGCCAUCGGCCGCGGGCACGCGCUCGAGCACCGUGAGGUCCGGGCGCGAUCGGUGGUCUUUGGCUCCAUGCACCUGCUCAUCCACGACGCACUCGGCCGCGUCUGGUGUGUGACCGCCAUGUUGCCAACUAAGACCAGAUUCACCGGCAACGUCGACGAAACACUCUCUAGCUUGCUCAAUGCCGACGGGGAUGUGUACAUGGCACCAGGCCCGGGUGGCGUCCAGGUCUCGCGCCUCAGACCGGGACUGCUCAAGAUCACCGGCUCGGUGGUGCAGAUGGCGGCCGGCGAUGAAGUUGCCGCCGUCUUGCUCGCGUCGGCCCAGGUCCUGGUCCUCGUCGGCGACCGGACGGUUGCGCUCAAGGGUGCGUUUGUCAAGGUCGCCGUGACUGGAAAGUCAGUGGCAUGCCUCCGGGAGGAUGGGCAGGUGACGGUCUACCAUGAGUCGCCAUCCUCGGCCAAGUCGGGUCUCUACGAGGACGUGUCGGUGGUGCAGUACGGCACCGCCACCUUUAUUGACAUCAUCGGCACACCGGUCCGUGACGACGGCAGCGACGACAUGUUCCUCCUCCUCACCGCCUCGGGCAGAGUCGUCGAGUGCUGUGGCGCGGUGGUGUCCGACUCUCAGUUUGCCAUCUCGCUGCCAGGCCAGCGGGUUUUGCAGGCCUCGCUGGGCCCAGCGUGUGCCAUGGUGUCGACGGUGCAGAUGACGCUGUCGAACGAGGUCGGGCCAGCAGAAGCGACGCCCGCGGCUGUGUGCGCGGCGCACCUGCGCCGGGCGUGCGUGCGGUGCGCGUGGCAGCCGUUUGUUCCCCACGCCGCCGUAGUUCUCGGCCUUCCUCGGCGGAACGGCAAGUUUUACAUCCACAAGCGGCUUGAGGGUCUCGGCGUGGCGUAUGUCUCGUCGCAACUCUCGGGUUCGGCGGCGGUGGUGGGCUUCAACUCGCAGGUCGAGCUGGAGCUGGCCAUGACGUCGCUCAAUGGGCGCGCCGAGACGGUCAACGACCUUCUUCUCUGGCUCACGCUCGUCCCGAUUCAGCCGUGUCUCAUGUGCGAGGGUGACAAGUCGGGUUGGUGGUUCCGGUGGAAGGAACCAGGCCAGGUUCCGUUUGCGAGCGAUCAUCUUUGGGCCAAGCACGCCACGCUCGGGCCGCAGCUUGUGUGCGCCCGAUGCGUCAUGGCCAACUCGUCGGUGCCUGUCGAGUCGCUCGCAGUGCUGACGCGGAUGGCCGAGGACCACAUUGCGCGGCUGGUGAGCGCGUGCAACCGUGACGGUCGGCUGUUUGUCGACACCGAUUUUGCGCCCGAUGAGGCCGCGCUGUGGAUGCAGUCGCCGAGCAAGCCUGCCCACGGCCUGGAUGGUGUCGGUGUCCCGCGCGAGUGGCGGCGUCUGAGUGAGAUGCACGAGGCUAUUCCUAACCCCACUAUUCUCGCCAAGACCGUCAAGCGCGCCAAAGUCGACAUGGUCAAGGGCGAGCUGUGCUCGGACGACGUGCUGGGCAUGCUCUCCAUGCUAACCACGCACGAGUCGAACAUCCACAAGCUCUUCCUUGCCUAUGACAUCGAUGUCGGGGUCUACGCGGUGCGGGUCAGCGUCGACUCGGCGUGGCACUACGUGGUCAUCGACGACUACGUCCCAUGCGGUAGCCUCGUCGACGCUGACGACGGGUACAGCCCCGAGCUGCUUGCCGCCCGUGGCCCGUUGUACUCGCGGGCCUACGACCCGAACGAGCUGUACGUGGCGCUGCUGGAAAAGGCGGUGGCCAAGGUCCGCGGUGGAUACGCCAACCUCAACACGCUGCCGCUCUCGUUGGCGGAGCGCGAGGAGGUCCAGGUCGGCAUUGCCCGCCAGCUGACGGGUGGAACUGUCGAGUCGUACAUGCUCAAGUCGACGACAAUGCAGCACGUGUUGUCGUCGGGCGAGAUGUGGGAGACGCUGCUGCGGCACUCGCUGUGUGGACGGCUCAUCUCGUGUUGGCGCGAGGACGAGUCAAUCACUGACCCCGAGUACCGGACUGACCAGAACUUGCUCGUCAACCACGCGUACACGGUGACAGGUGUGCUGGUGGUCGGUGCCAACCGGCUGCUGCAGAUCCGCAACUCGUUUGGCGACGGGUCGUGGGAGGGUGCGUGGUACAACCUCAAGUCCGAGGUCAUCCGCGCCGGGCGGCAGAACGAGUUCCUUAUGGCGUACAACGACUUUUACGGACCCGAGGGCUUUACCCGAAUUGACGUUGUCGACGUCGCCCCGCAGGCCGCAAAGUCGUCGAGUCUUGCCAAGCGGGCCCUUCCAUUCCAUUGUGGCUGGCGCGACGUCGACGUCACGCGUCCGUUUGCGUACAUCUUUGAUGUGACGGCCCAGAACACCCAGGUCGUCAUCGAGCUUGUCCAGACCUCGGCCAAGGGCCACGGCUCUCAGACCAGCACCCGCAUUCGCGACCACAUGCUCGACGACUCGACGACCCAGUUUUCGGAUGACGAGGGCGACAGCAACAACAUGUUUGGCGCCAUCGCCACGUCGUCGCUGCUACGGUACUCGGUGCCUGGCGCGUCGGAUGACGACAUCGGCGACUCUUCGUCGUCGGACGACGAGGCUGAACUCGCCGCCGAGCUCCUCUCCCAUGUCAAGCAGGCCCUUAUUGCCGAGCCGCUGCUCAGCGAAGACCUGCCAAUCCAAGUCCCACUCGAGUCUGGCUCGCUCAAUCCGGGCGAGCUCUACGGCGGCAUCGACGUGCCCGCGGCCGAAGUUGUGGCGCGGCGCGACGUCAAUGCCGGAGUGCUGGAGCCGGUCGAGUCGGCGCGAGCCCGGAUCAAGGUCCGUCGCCAGGCCGGUGUCUUCAAUCCGUUGUCAGAGGCGCGCGCGCUGUUCGAGCCGCUGCCGGACGGGCUCACUCUCGAAGAGGCCGUGGCGCCCGACCCGUCGCUCGGCCAGCAGGAGAUCUGUCUGCUGGUGUGUUUGUGGCGGAAGGAGGACAACGUGUCGAUCAUUCCAUCGCAGGAGGUGGGCGACGUCACCAUUCCGCCGCUGCUGUGCGGCGACCUUCGCGUUGCCCACGUCAUCAAGCAGGUCUUCCCGCACACCACCAAGCGCAUCUCGAUCAACCUGCAGCUCUGGCCGCAGGAGGACUACGUCUACUGCAUCUUCCCGUCGACUUACUCGACUGGCGGCAUGCUGUGCAACCUCGACCUAUUUGCCUCGUCGCGCCUCCACUCGGUCGCCCAGGCACCGAUCAUCCACCAUGUUCUCGAGUCGUCCGACGACGAGGAGGAGGACCAGGACGAUGCCAUCGAGUCGCGCGGGAAUGCAAAGCCCAAGCCCAAGGCCAAGAAGCGGACCCACGCCAGAAAGUCAGUCACUGUCCCGACUCGGGCCGAGAUCCGAGAGCGGCAGCGCGCUGACGAGGCUGCCGCUGCCGCUGCCGCUGCCACUGCCCAGUCGAAUGCACCGUUUAAUCCCUACGCCGACAUCUUCAACGAGCCGUCGCCACCGGCCGCAUCCAAUCCCGGCUUUGGCGUCGAGACCGCCCAGCCGUCGCAGCCGCCGGUCCGGCCGAUGGUUGCCGGCGGGCCGUACCCGGCUUAUGGCUACGGUACUGGCUAUUUGCCGCCGCAAGGCUACGGUCAGCCGCACGGUUACCCAGCCCAGCAAGCCUACCCCGUCCAGCAGGGCUACGGUCCGCCACAGGGCUAUCCGGUCCAGCAAGGCUACGGCCAGUCGCACGGCUACCCUGCUGCUCAGCCGGCACAGAACCCUCCGCCGUCCGACUACAUCGCAGUUGAGGAGACCAGCCAGCCGCCGUCGUCAGCGGGCUCGAUGGCAUCGGCGGCCUCGUCCGGAAGCCUCUUUGGCCACAUCCGUGCGCUCCAGGAAGACGAGAGCGAUGGCGAGGAAGAGCGCCGCGGUCGUGCGCCCAGGCGGCGGGCCCGCCGCGGACCCCGAGGUCGUGGAGCCCAGCGAAGCAGUGGCGACAAUAUCCGCGACGCUCGCUCGCUCGAUCUCUUGCGCCGCUCCAUCGACGACCGGUCCGAGGACAGCGGCGCCCAGGACGGCACUCCGCGCGAUUCCCCGGUCCAGACGGAGGACGAUGAUCGCGCCCGCGAGCUCGCGAGGCUGAGGUCCCUGGUCCGGCAAGCCCGAUUCGAGCGCGACGAGGCAAGGGCGGCGGCGGCGUUCCUCGAGCCGCUCAAAGCAGAGAUGGCGACCGCUGUGCCGGACGUCGAGCGGCUGGUCGAGCUGCGGAUGGAGGAGGAGCGCGCGAGUGCAGAGCUUCGCUCGCGCAAGGUUCUCGACGUCAUCGCAUUUAAGGACGCACGCAUCGAGGCCCUCAUGGCAGACCUUGAGCAGGCGGAGAUGGAGGUCAGUCGACUGCGUGUUCGGGAGAAGCAGCUCAAGCUCUCGGCGGCGGCGGCCGACGAUGCACGGUCUGAGCUCGCCCAGGCGCAGGAUGCGUUUACGAAUGCGCUCGAAGGUGCGCGCGCCCAGUGGUCCCAGACUGAGGAUCAGCUCAAUGCUCGCAUUGCGGCGCUUGAGGCCCAGCUUGCGGCCCGGACUGCGUCCGCGGUCGACAGUGCCCGCUCACGCGCUGCGCUCGAUGCACAAGCCACGUCGAUGAAUGCUUAUGUCGAGUCGACGCUGGCUUCGCGCGACUCGCUCGCAGCUGCAUUGGCUCAGGCCAAGGCCGAGCUCGCUGAUGUCCGUGGCGCAGCUGCUGAUGGUGCAACCGCCAAGGCGCGACUCGCGGCACUAGAGGCCGAGUACGAGACCAACGUUGCAGAGCUCGAGGCCCUACGUACUCGUUCGGCGGCGCAGAUAGCCGAGUACUCGGACACAGUCCAAGAUCUUGAGCGGCGACAUGCUGCCCAAGUUUCUGCCCUUCGGGCCGAACGUGACGCUGCCCGUGCUGCUGCAGACUUGCCACAUCGGGGCUCUCGCUCCCCGCCACGAUCGGGGUCUGACGCACGUGCUUCGGCCCGCAUAGCACUCCUCACCGACAAGCUGAGCGAGGCACAGGCUCGAGUCUCCGCUGCCGAAGACGCCGCUGCCGACGCUUUUGCCGAACGCGAUGCCGCCCUGUCUGAGCUAGAUGCCAUCCGUUCUGCGGCGUCGCCGAUGGAGAAGACGCUGUUUGCUCGCAUUGACUCGCUCACCGCACAGCUGCGGACAGCCAAGCGAAAGGCGCUGGUGUCCAGGGCCACGUCCCGAGGCACACGUCGCCGAGAGUCAUCGCCUGGGCCUGCAUCCGUGGCCUCCACUGACCGCUUUUCUGGCGAGGACGCCGUCGUCGCCGAUGCACUCCGUGACCGGCUAGUCUAUUACGAGGGACGGGCUUCCGAACUCGAAACGACACUCAAGGCUGUGCGGUUUGAAAUGGCGUCGUCGAUGCGCAAGCUCGAGUCUGAGCUCAAGUUUACAGCUGAGCGCGGCGCAAUUGCCCGAAACCACCUUGCCGCAACAUUGCGUCGGCUUCGCGACAAGGCGCCUGCUCACGCAGAACUGGCCGAGCUCAAGCUACGGCUUGCCACCGCCGAGGCCGAUGCCGAUGCAGCCCGCGAAGCGGCUGCGCUCCAGCGAUCUGAAAACGAGAAGCUCUCUAAGCUGCUCGAGGGCAUCUCGUCCGGAAAGCCGGUGCCUCGUCGCGGGCGCACGACGAAAGCGCCGCGUGAAGUGCCGGGCAAUACCGAGCUCCGGUCGGUCGCCGCAUCGUCAGCGCUGGGCCGGUCGCUUGUUGCUGCCAUCGAGACGGCCACCCGCGACAAUCGCGAGGCGCAGCUCAAGGCGUCGGUCGUCCACUUCCGCAGCCUUGCCGAAGAGACGCAGCGCGCACUCGACGACGCACGGGCGGCGCACGCUAACGAGUUGCUCCGGCUAGAGACUGCCCAAUUUGAGGCGGUUAAGGCUGCCAACAUGGUGACGCUUGACAUGGUCCGCAAGUACGAGGGCGCAGCCGCGCGCGCUCGCGCUCUCGCCGCUGCAGCUGCGCGCGAUGGCGGGUGCAGUCCCUCGCGCCCAGUUGUUGAUGCUGCGCUGGCCCGCGAGGUCGCCGAGCUUCGCGCAGUGUGUAUGGCUCAACAGGAGGCGCUUGCUGGUCGCGCAUUGCCCGAGUCGGAACGCAUCGUUGCUCUGAGCGCGGCCGUGCUUGAGGCACACGCCCGGGCCUCUGCCUGUGCUGGUCUUGGCUCGCGCUCGCCCGCGACAGCGCGCACCUCUGUCCGCUCGUCGUCUGCGCAGGAAGUGCUGGAUGCCGCACGCGACGAUGCUGAGCUCAACUCGCAAGCGCUUCAGCGAGCGGAACGGCGGCUGGCUAUGGCGGCGGCCGAGAACGCGGCAUUGCGUGAGUCACUGGAUGGCUUGCGUGUGUCGUACACGGACUCUGUGGCGCACAUCAAGACAGCAGUCUCGGGUACUCUUGCUGCGCUCGAGAACAAGAACUCGGUUGUAGACGUGGCUUGCGAGUCUGCUGAGGCUGAGACCGCGCGCCGUGCCGAACUCACCUCGCACCUGCGCGCAGUUGGAGCGCUCGAAGCGCGGUCGCACUCGACGCCCAACCAGAUGUCGCGGCUUCUAGCGGCGUUUGCGCGCGUUGAUCGUGACCUUGCCAUGGAGCGGGCGCGGGCAAGCCAAAUGGCACAAGCGCUAGCUACUGCCCUGGCGUCGCAGACCCGGGCCGAAGAGCAGGCACAGCAUGCGCUGGCGGAUGCCUCGGUGGCCAACGCAACGCUUGCGGCGCUCAAGUCGCGCAUCGAGCUACAGGAUGCGCUCUCGGUCAACGCAGCGUCUCGACAGCGGUCGCUGCUUUUGGAGCGGCUUGCCGAGCUAGAAACUGCCUUGGAGCGAAGUUCCAAGUGGGCGUACUCGCUUGAGGCAGUGCUGGAAGAGCGGGUAGGGGCGGUUGAGCCAAGCAGUGCGCUGGCUCCGUGGCUGGCGCCGCCGGAUGCGACACUCGUGCGCCACAUGAGCGGCCUUGCUGCUGAGGUGAACCCGAGUGCUGCUCACGUCGAGCUUCUCUCAGCACGCGUCCGCCACCUCUACUCGCUACUUGUGGGCCAGGUGGCCAUGGACGCUAGUCCGCUUGCGCUACGCCCGCGGCUCCUUGCCCAGGCAUACCAAUAUCUGGACGAGACGUCCGAGGCUCUUGCGGCCGUCCGCGCCGAGCUAGCACACACCCAGUCCGCGCUGGCACGGACAAGACUCCACCUCGAUGCUGAGUUGCUGCAGCCGAACGAGUCGGCCGGUGGACACGAGACGACUUCACUGGCAUCGCUUGCGGCCCUCACUGAGUUUACACUCCUUGAUCCGACUUACCUCGGCAAGACCGGCAACGACAGCAGCUCACCGCGUGGCAGCGAGCCGGUAUCGCCGGCAGCCGACGACAAGGGAACGUCCAGUCCAGCGACUGUCGCUGCAUCGGCCGCCGUCGACGACCUGGUUCGCUCCCUGCGCGAGCAGGUUGACCAUCUCAAUGCCGUCAUUGCGUCACGGGAGGAUGAGCUGAUGGCGGCCGGCAACGAGCUCCGCGAGCUCCGCCGCGCCGUCUCACAGGCGACCUCCAACGAUGCUCAGACGCAGCAGGCACUGGGCGCAUUGCGCGAGCAGCUUGCGCUCAGCCAGGUUGAGCGUGCCGAAGUUGACGAUGCACUGGCAGACGCCAAGAGUGCGUUGGCGUCAAUCGUUGAGGACGUUGCUGCCGCGCGAUCAGAUGACGUCGCGGGUGGAGACGGGCUGCGGUGUGGCGCGCUAGCGGCGGCGCUGGUAGCAGCCCGCACCAAGUCAGCCACACUCAAGCGAAAGCUCAAGAUCGCCUCCCGUGACGAGAUGAACUUGCGAUCCAAGUUGCGUACUCGCGAUGAGCGUGUAGCGCAGCUCAAAAAGGCUGUCAGCUCGACAAGCAAGCGGAGCCGGUCGGCGUCGCCAAGCAAGCGGGCAUUUCUUGACAAUGCUGAAGUUCAGCAUGUCCGCGAAGCUGCUGACGCCGAGAUCAACUUACUCAAGCUCAAAAUCACACGGCUGGAAGCCGAUGCGCUCGCUGCACCGGCCGCAACUGGCGCGGCCGACAGCGUUCUGAACGCUGCGCUUGGCUCGCGGACGUCUGUAGUGGCCAGAGUCGAGGCCAUGGCAGCGUCGCUCGACAAGGCCAUAGCCGAGUCGGCGGUCGCCACGGCUGACGCCGAGAAUGCCCGCGCCGCUGCAGCCGCCGCUGCAGACCAGGUUGCCAAGCUGGAGGUCGAGCUCGAUGAGACGCGCGAAGAGCGGACCAAGGCCAUUCAGGCGGCGAGUGAGGCCCAUGAAAAGGCGGCCAAGGCCGAGGAGAGCGUGGCCAAGUUCAAGGCUGCAGCCAACGCCCGUAUCAAGCAUGUUCGGGCCGAGCUAGAGGCUGCCACUGCCAAACACUCCAAGGCCUCCAAGGGCUUCCAAGACCGGAUUGAGCGCCUGAGAACCGAGAACGCGGCGGCUGCAAAGCGAGCUGCCGACACACAUGCCAAGGAGCUGGCCAAGGUGGAGGCGCGGGCCAAGGAGGCCGACCGCGACGCGGCGCGGCAUGCGGAUCGGCUCUCAUCGCGACUCGAUGCGGCAAAGAACGCAAAGGCGUCGCUUGAGGGUCAAGUCGAGGCACUACAGGACAAGCUGGCUGCGGCGCGGGCCGAGGCUGCACGCGCGGUCGACCGGGCUGAGGCCGCUGAGACCCGCAACGCACAGCUGGCAUCUGAGCUGGGUGCCCAGCUCGAAGCGGCGCGUGCCGAGAGCACGGCGGCGCAGUUGGAAGCUCGCGACAUGGCGCAUGCCAACGAGCGGGUCCGGGCCGAGCUUGAGGCCGCGGUCGAGGCCCGCGCCGCCGCCGAGGCUGUUGCUGCCGAUGCGUCGGCGGAGACUCAAGCUGUGCGCGCCGAUGCCACGGCCGCCGCGAACAAGGCCGCAGCUGCUGCUGAGCGCCGGCUCGGUGCCGAGCUCGAGUCCCUCGAGGCGGCGCUGCGGGAAGAGCUGCCGACCUCGGCUGCGCACCAGAGGCUGGAAAGCGAGCUUGAGUCAGAGCGCGAGGCGCGUGCGCUCGAGGUGGCUGGUCUACAGAGUCAAAUCCAGGAACUGACUACUGCAGCCGAGGCGUCCGACACUGCGCGCGUCGAGGCUGAGACUGCUGCGGAAGCUGCGACUCUAACCGCGGGUGAUGCCCGGCGAGAGGCAGAGCAUGUGCGCCUCCAGCUCGUUCGACUUCUGGCCGCAUGUGGCGGAAGCAGCAGCGACAAGGCCGAGUGGGAAGUGGCUGACCUUGAUGACUCUGUGGCGGCUGAGAUCGAAGCCAAGGUGGCUGCCGCAACUGCAGCGACCACAGAGCAGGUGGAAAAGCGCGAGGCGCUCGAGGUUCAAGUGGCGGAGCAGCGGGCACAGAUCAUGGAGCUAGGUCAGUUGGUGGAGGCCGAGACAGCCGCGCAUGCAGCGACGGCGACCUCGCUCGAUGAGGCGUUAGAAGCAGCGGAAUCUCUGCGCGACGAGGUCGAGCAAGUCCGCCAACUGGCGGCCGAAGAGCAGGUCAAGGGCCAGAAGCUCGAGCGCCAGCUGGUCGAGGCACGGGCAGAGCUCGAGACCAUGGAGGCCGCGACGAGCCGGACGCUUGCGCUGCGGGAGGGUGAGCUGAUGGAGAGGAUUUCGGCGCUGGAGGGCGAACUUAGCGAGGUUCAAGAGUCGUACAGGGCGUUCCACGACCAGACAAAUCGGACUAUGGCACGGCUGCGGAGUGUGCAUGCCAAGACCGAGGGCGAAGCUGCAGAGGCGCUUGCGAGUGCAAAGCAUCGUGCGGCGGUUCUGGAGGGUACAGUGACGCGAAUGCGGUCGCAGAUGGUGGCGCUGCUGAAACGCGGCGCGUCGGCGGCUUUAGUGGUCAAUCCCGGCGCCGGCGAUGAGGCCGAGAGCGAGAUGUCGUACUCGGCAGGCGAUGAGAGUGCGAGCUCGGUGUUCUCAGUCGACAUUGUACCUGCGGCGGGUGUGCGAGAGGCGACCGAUACGUUUGGCGUCGGCGGCGGUGCCGAGCCCGGAUACAAGACGCUCGCUCCUGUUGUCCUGCGGGUGGCCGACUUGCUGGAAGAAGUGGCCGCCCGCGAUGCAACGAUUGCAGUGCUGCGGAUGGAAGCGUCUCUGGCCGAGCCAUCUCAGGGCAAAGUGGGCGAGGGUGCAGACGUGGUCGUGCUGGCGUCGCAGGUGGAGAAUCUCACCAUUGAGCUGCAGACGCGGGGGGAGCUGCUGGCGGCCAAGGACGUCAAGCUGAGUGAGCUCGCCGGGGAACUGGAUGCUUGCGCUGACCAGCAGAGCAGGGUUGAGAGCGAGAUGGCUCAGAUCCGGGCCGAGCAUGCCAAGCUCCGGAGUGUAGCACAAGAAGCCCCCCAGCUGCGGGAGGCGGUCAAGGCCGCAGAGGCGGACGCGGCGGAAGCGCGGGCGGCAGUGGCAGCGGCACAACAAGAAGCAGGCCGGGCGGUCAACGAGAUCAAGGCCAAGAUGCGCGGACUAGCAGCGCGGCUGCGGGACGCCGAGGCCGCCAAGUCUAGUGCACAGCAAUCGGCAGUGGCGGCAAAGCAGCGCGCCGAGGCUGCCGAGGCGCGGGCAGACGAGGCCGAGGCGCGGACACGGACCGCCCGUGCAGCAGUGGCACGCAAGGGCAAGGCCGCGACCGAGGCGAUGGAGCGGGCGCGCAAGGCUGCGGACCAAGGUGCACGAGUGCCAGAGCUCGAGGCCGAAGUCGACGAGCUCAAAGCACAGCUGGCGCAAGUCCGAACGAGGCUAGAGGCGCGGCACCGGCUGGUCACCGAUCUCAAGUCCAAAGAGAACGAGACCAAGGCUGCACUGCAUGCGCUCCACGCCGAGCUGGAGAACUCGCUGGCGCCGCUGACGGUUGUCUCCGAGAGCGACAAGCAUGCCCGCUCGGUGCGCAAGGUCUCGAAGCAUGUGCGAGUGCUGGAAGAGGCGCUGGUCCGGGUGGUGGACAAGAUUGUGGCAGCGUGCGCGCCGCCGCGGCUUGCCGCGCUUGGCGAGAACAACGGCCGUGGCUCGCGAGUGCGCGAGCUGGCCGCUCGGGUCAUGGGCAUGAUCCGCGGCAAGGAUGCCGGCAGCGUCGAAGCAAGCGCCCUGGUGAUGGAGCUUUGGCGGCUGGUGGGCUGCUACGGUACGGCGCAGUCGAAGCUGGCUGUGAGCGCAGAGGCCGAGUCCAAGCGCGAAGCCGGGCUGGUCGAGCUCGAGGAGAGCCGGCUGGCCGGGCUGCUGGACACGCUGCAGACGCAGAAGCUCCAUCUCGCUGGCAUGCAGGAGCAGAUGGGCGAAGAGCGACGCGCGUACGAGGACCAGAUCGGGCGACUGCAGGCGCAGCUGGUAGAGCUGACCAAGUGAAUGACGAGCAGGGAGA